UAAGCUUGGUUUAUAAUGUACCAAAAAAAGAAAGAAUUGAACCAAUUGGUACGGUUCUAAUUUGGUUCCGGUAAACUGAAAACGAGAUCGCUAAAGGAUAUUCUUUUAGAGAGCUGUAAAUUUGGAAUCGAAGGAAGAGGAGAGAAGAGAGUGAGGAAAUGGCGUUGAGCUCAAUGACAUGGGGUUACGCACGGAUCAUAGCUGGAACACUUCUCGGCGGGACUCUCGGAUUCUACGUAAUGCAUCGCAUCGAAGUUAGCUACAAGAUGAGGAUGGAGGAAGCGUUGAAUCAAUACGAGAAUCAAUACGAGAAGGAUAUGCUGAAGAGACAAGAAGAAGAGAAUCUUAGUCAGAUCAAUGAAGAAUCCGUUUAGCUUUCUCUUGGUAGCAUGCCUUCAAAGUGUUCGAUGAAAUGCCCAACAUAUGUUUUAUGUUGUUUUUACUCUUUGUGUUUUUCGGUUUGGUUUGGUCUGGCAUUAUGAAAAGGUUUCAUUUGUCUUUGGUUUAAAAACUAUAUACCAUGAUGGUGGACCAGAGAAGCUGCCAUAUUGAUAAUGAUAUGUAUUUUCAUCUAUUGAAAGGUUUCUUAAAGAAA